CAUUACACGCAGAAGCAGCAGCUUAGUCGUGCUUUGUACACCGAUGCUUACGGGUCUCUCCGCGCAGUUCGGUAUUUUUCUUCUAUGCGUGGUUUUACAUUCGUUACAAUUAAUCCCGAAUUUUCACUUUAUUUACCGAACAUAUCCUUUCUCUUAUAUAUUAAACGUUGGUGAACACUUUAUUUUUUAAUUCUAUUUCAAAACGUGAAUCUUGGCAUAAUUAUUAAACGACCAUGGUGAAAGCUUACGAUGGUGCUUUGAUCCUGGCAGACACGCUUUUGCUGUUUAUCAAAAUAUUUUAUAGCAUCAUCGAAGGUAUAUACAGGUUGGUGGUACCGGUCCAAGAGAAAAGUGUUGUCGGAGAAAUCGUGUUGGUCACGGGAGCUGGACAUGGUAUUGGUCGAGAAUUGGCUAUCAAAUACGCAUCCUUAGGUGCGACUGUUGUAUGUUGGGAUAUUAAUCAGGAUGGCAAUGAGGAUACUGUCAAGGAAAUCAAGAAACUCGGUGCAGCAUCUGCCCAUGGAUACAAAUGCGAUGUUUCCAAUCGCGACGAUGUCGUCACGGUCGCCGCACAGGUCCAAAAGGAAGUUGGUAACGUCACUAUUUUGGUGAACAAUGCUGGUAUAAUGCCCUGUCGCACAUUUUUUGAUUAUACACCGGCAGAAAUUCGUCGAAUUUUUGAUAUAAAUGUGCUGGCGCAUUUCUGGACGUUACAAGCCUUCUUGCCUAACAUGAUCAAUAAUAAUCACGGUCACGUGGUAGCUCUUUCUUCUAUUGCCGGAAUUGUGGGUCUGGAGAAUCUGGUACCAUAUUGUGGUUCGAAAUUCGCGGUGCGCGGACUUAUGGACGCUUUAAUAGAAGAAGUUCGAAUUAAAAAUGGACCUAACUGUAACGUUAAGUUUACCACAAUCUACCCCUACAUGGUAGACACUGGUUUAUGUAAGAAACCAAAAAUGAGGUUCCCCAGCCUUAUGUCAUUGGUUUCACCACAAGAGGCAGUUUCUCAAAUAGUCUCUGCACAACGGAGAGAUUUGAAAGAAAUAUCUAUCCCUGUUAUAUGGAUUUACGUUGCUUCAGUGCUCGGGAUGAUGCCGAACAAGGCACAACGAUUGGUUCAAGACUUUUUCGAUAGUGGUGUGGAAGCGGAAUGCUAAAAAGUGUUUUAAAAAAGUAACAUAAACUUUUGAUGAAAUUAUGACAGAGGAAAAUGAAGACUUCUUUCUUAUAUUCACAACAACAGAACUUGUAAAUAGGUUUCCCUCUUACAGUUUAUAUUUUUUACCUUAUCAAUUCUUUAUCCAAGAUAAUUGUUUAUCACGAUAAUCGAAAAAUUUACCAUAAUUAUUGCAACAUAAUUUAAUGUUGUAUGUAUAACCAGCAGAUUACAAUUAACUGCUACCUAUAUGAUGUAGGUACAUUUAUAUAUAAGCAUGUGGUAUUUUUUUUCAAUAGAAGAAAAAGCAAUAAAUGAAGUAAAUUUUGAA